AUGGCGUCUUCAUUGGACACUUCUUCUUCUUCUUCCUCCCUUCUCCCUCCUCUCUCUGCUUCUUUCGUUACCCAAAAAGAGUUCAACCUGUUUCACACCAUCGACCGCGAGCUCUACACUCGUCUCGUCCUCGCCCUCGGCCGCGACACGGGCGAGACCAUGCACGUGAUGGCCCUCUGGUUGUGCCUCGAGGGGGCCGGUGGCGGCCAGCUUCUCGUUAAGAAACUCCUCUCCGUGCCCCACACCCUCCUCUACUUCCUCGCCGACGAGGCUCUCGUCAACCUCCGCUGCAUCGAGACCGAGUACUCUUUCCCCACCGCCACCGAACUCCCCCUCACCCAAUCCCUCCUCACUACCGACACUGCCGCCACCAUCUCCCCCCGCUUCUUCCCCGACAACCGCUUCGCCGUCCUCCGCGGCGUCACCCGCAUUUUCGACGACGCCGCCUCGCCCCCCUGCGCAGUGCCACAGCAAAUAUUCACCCGUCGCCUCAAUUCCUGCGACUGGCACCGUUUUACGAUCUGUAUGACCUCAGCGCUCAAUGGCAGUGGAACAAUUUUCUUAACGUUCUCAAAAGGCUACCCUAUCUCUGAAAUUGAAGUCAGAGACUUUCUUCACCGAGUAAUUAAUUUUGUCAUUUCGCUAUAUAUAUGGCAGGAAGUGACGGGGGAGGAGCAGGUGCUGUAUGCGAGGUUGGUGGUUCACUCACCGGCGGUCAUAGAGGUGGCGCUGGACGGGCAGAGCAAAGCCAAAUUCUCCAUUGAAGGGAAGCAUGUGUGGGGUCGCAAGUACAUUCGCAAACGCUCCAAGUCCCCUUGAGGCCCUAACUCGCUGUUGAAGGCCACUGGCGCCUACUGCUUCUUCUCCGUCGAAGGAAGCUAAAAGGAAGAAUAAAAUGAAUUGGUUAGGGUCCGUGUCAAUAUAUGGCCGGUGUACAAAUUUUGGUGAGAAGAAAUAGUUUUAAAUUUUAAAUAAUCAUAUUUAUAUAUGAUAAUAUGAAUAAUUGAAGCAUUAUUCGAGUCUUAAUAACUUAGGAGAGUAUUGUUAUGGUUUUUA